AUGCCGCCAACGAAUCCACGAGGAAAAAAGCCACCACAACGCAAUUCACCCUUGUCUGGGAGUUCUGACGUGCAGUCUGUCAAGCAGAACAAUGAUGUCCCUAAAGUUCAACAGGUGAAGUCGCAGUACGAGGAGAUUCAAGAGGAUGAACUUAUCGCCCUGGAGGCCAUAUAUGGAGAAGACUUCAAGAGAAUAGAGUCGAAUCAUAGCGCUUGGAAGAAAGCGGAGCCUUGCUUCGAGAUCCGUGUCAAAUCUUCUGAUGAAGAGAUCGCUAUUACUCUCGCUGUGACUUUGACCGCAACCUACCCCCGAAGCACACCACUACUGAGGAUUAAAGACUAUGCCGGUCUGCGAGAGGGAACCAAGUUCAAGAUACAAAAGGUAAUGGAGACAAAACCCAAGGAAUUGGUCGCUGAAGAGCAGGCUAUGAUUAUGGAAAUAGUCAAUGCGUGUCAGGAGGUCCUAGAAGAUGCUGCCCAGGCGAAUGCUGUUGGCAAAGAACUGCCGAGUCUGGAAGAGGAACGUGCUAUUCACGAGCAAGCCGUCAGCAAAUUAGCCGAAGAACAGAGAGAGGCCGAAGAAAAGAAGAAGCAGCUUGAAACCAUGGAGGAGGAGCGUACCCAGCAAGCUAUGGUUCAAGAGGAAAUCAGGCGCCGGAGGGAGAGAACCAAAGAGUCAAGGCGGAAGAAUCGACCACCUCCACAGAUUGUUACAGAAGCCUCAAUUGAUACAAGCGUCAAUGGACAGGCAGCUCACGAACUUCUAGCUUUUGAGCAGCCAAUCAAUUUCACGGAUCUCAACGAUAACCCUAUAGUUUUCCAGGUCGUGGCGAGUAAAGUCUGUAUACGUCGAGGUCCAGUGAGCAAAUGCUUCACUGUGCGCCCUGUCGUUGCCAAAGGAGCGAGUGAUGUUCCUACGCUUAUUCUAAAGCAGACUGACUUGGCCACUGAGGUCCAAGACAACAACAAGUUCAAGGCACAGAUCCAGCUUCUCGAGAACGAGUUGAAAAUUCUCAAGGAUGUGCGACAUAAAAAUGUUCUCGAAAUUCUCGAUUUCAAGGUGCACAGAACCAUGGAGGAAGAUGGAGAGUCAGACUCUGGCUGGACUGUCAGUAUUUUGACAGAGUUUGGAGAAAAGGGGUCAUUGCAAGAGUUUCUCGAUAUUGCUGGGCGCCUAGAAGUUGAGAAGGUCCGUUCAUGGACAAUCGAAAUUCUCGAUGCAUUGCGAUUCCUCCACGAGAAAGGCAUUGUACACGAGGAUAUACAUGCUGGGAACGUCAUUUUGGUUCGAAUGUCCAACGGAGAAUUCAGGCCGAAGCUUGCUGAUGCCGGGUACCAGAGGAAGCUUUACAACCUUAGUGGUGAAAAGCCGUCUGAUACCCUGUUCAUGGCUAAGUCUGCAUACUGGUUCCCACCUGAAAUAGCAAAUACCAAUCACCCUCAAUACACCCAAAAAACAGAUGUCUGGGACUUUGGAGUCUUUUUCCUGCAGAUGAUGUUCGGCCUGGCCGUUAUCCAAAUAUACCAAUCGCCGAUAGCAUUGGCAGAGUCUCUUGCUCUCUCUGAUUCUCUGAACGAGCUUGUACUCAAGAUGUUCAACGCUGAUUCAAAAAAACGUCCUCGUGCAGUGGAACUAGGACCCUCGGAAUUUUUGGCAACCGAUGCGCCAAUACUGGAUGAGAUGACUAGUUCUGUAAAUCAACCCAGAUUCGGUUCAGAAUUCUCCUUACUCCCGACACCACGCAGGCAGCGACAUGAUUCUAUGAAUACAGGUGGGCCUUUCAACAGAUCAAGGUAUACAGAAGACUUUGUGGAAGAAGGUCGUCUAGGGAAAGGCGGAUUUGGAGAGGUUGUCAAGGCUAGAAAACGACUUGAUGGUCAAAUCUAUGCUAUCAAAAAGAUUAUGCAGAAAUCAUCGGCGUCCUUGACUCAGGUGUUGAAAGAAGUCCGGCUGCUGUCCCAACUGAGUCACCCAUCAGUAGUUCGCUACUACAACACUUGGACCGAGGAACUGUAUGGUGGAUCUGAAUCGGACGAGGAUGCUACUACUACAGACGCCGCUACCGAGGAUUCGGCAAGCGAGAGUUCUCCAGAGAUAGGUCCAAGCAUCGAGUUUGGAGUUGGCACAGGCGGACUAGAUUUUAUGUCGUCGCGUGGCUAUCCGCACAUCGAGUUUGGCUUCGACGAUGGGUCAGACGAGGACGAAGACUCAGGUGAGGACGAAGAAAGUGAUGAUUCCUCGAGUGCCGCUGUCCAGAGCUCAGUUGAUCCAAACCAGCUCAAAGACCUCGCACCGAAACGAACGAGAUCUGGUUCGCGCUUUCAACGUCCCUUCAGAACCGUUCUAUAUAUCUCAAUGGAAUACUGCGAAAAGAAGACCCUGCGCGAUUUGAUCAGAUUAGGUUUGCAAAAGGAUCAAGAGGAAAUCUGGCGUCUGUUUAGACAGGUUUUAGAAGGACUCGCACAUAUUCAUGGUCUGAACAUUGUUCAUCGCGACCUGAAACCAGAGAACAUCUUCAUUGACGCUGCCUCGAAUGUCAAGAUAGGGGAUUUCGGACUUGCUACUAGCGGGCAGUAUACGACCAUCGACAAGUCCUCUUCAGCAGCGUUACAUUUGAGUGGUGAUAUGACAAGAUCCAUCGGAACUGCGUUCUAUGUUGCUCCAGAGGUCAGAUCCUCUGCUGGGGGGUCGUAUACGAGUAAAGUCGAUAUGUAUUCCCUUGGUAUCAUCUUCUUCGAGAUGUGUUUCCGUCCUCUUGUUCCUGGUAUGGACCGAGCACGUGUCGGCGAAGGCUUAAGGCAGAAGCAGCCCGUCUUCCCAGCAGAAUUCAAGCCAUCGGAAUUCCUUGUGCAGACAGAUAUUAUACUGUCGCUCCUCAACCACAGUCCCAAAGAUCGCCCGUCAAGCUCAGAACUCCUGAAAAGUGGUAAGCUUCCUAUGCAAAUGGAAAAUGAGACUAUCCGUCAGGCACUUGCUGGUCUAACCGACUCGAAAUCUCCCUACUAUGACAAGGCGAUGCAAGCAUUGUUUACGAUACCAAUCAGCCCAGCCAAGGACUACGCUUGGGAGAUGGGUAUUGCGAACCACAGUGCAAGCGACCUUCUGCUCCAGGGCCUAGUCAAGCAAAAGCUGAUCUCGAUUUUCCGACAUCAUGGAGCAGUGGAGACGCCACGGACCCUUUUGUUUCCUCGAUCAGGCCACUAUGGUUCCAAUGCCGUUCAAGUCCUUGAUGCACAUGGUAACUUGUUGCAGUUGCCUUAUGACCUGACUCUCCCACACGCUAGAGCUAUUGCCAAGCAUGAUCCACCAGUACAGCGCUCAUUCGCAUUCGGUCGAGUAUUCAGAGAUCGAGAAGUUGGAGGCCAGCCAUUAGCAUUCGGCGAAGUCGAUUUCGACAUUGUAUCAAGCGAUACCCUGGAUUUGGCGCUGAAAGAGGCAGAAGUCAUCAAGGUCUUGGAUGAGAUUGUCGGAAGCUUUCCAUCUCUUGCGGCCACCCAGAUGUGCUUUCACAUAAACCAUUCGGAUCUUCUUGGCCUCAUCUUUGAAUUUUGCAGGAUUGAACCGAGUAUCCGUCAGGCGGUUGCCGAUACUCUCAGCAAGCUUAACAUACAGUCUUACACGUGGCAGAAGAUACGAACAGAGCUUCGAUCACCAGUGAUCGGAGUGUCAGCACCUAGUGUAGAUGAUCUGCAAAGUUUUGACUUCCGUGAUACUCCCAGUAAAGCGUUCUCAAAGUUGAAGGCCCUGUUCGAAGGAACCGAUACCUUUGAGAGGGCAGCCUCAUCCAUCGCCCACCUCCGAGAUGUGUUUGAAUAUACUAAAAGAUUCGACGUGCAUAGUAAGAUCUACAUUAGCCCACUUGGUAGUUUGCAGGAGAAGUUCUGUAAAGGAGGAAUAGUCUUCUCUUGCCUAUUCGAUAGGAAGGUAAAGGACGUCUUUGCUGCUGGUGGACGCUACGAUUCUCUAGUUAGAGAACAUGGACACAAGAAUGGGGGCCAUUCUGAAGCGAGACAUGCUGUCGGCUUCAACUUGGCGUGGGAGAAGAUGGCCCGUCUUCCAAAAGCAAGCGCAAAAGGCUUCUUGAAGAAAGUAGAGGAAGACCUCCACGGUAUUUGGAAGACGAAGAGAGCAAGUACCGCCCUGCUUUACCACGACGCUGCCAUCCUCCGAUCCGUGGGUGUCGACAUUGUCCAAAGUCUUUGGAGAAACGACAUCAGCGCCGAGCUAGCACGAGACUCGCGAUCACCAGAGGAUUUGACAUCUCAAUACCGUGACAACCAACACUCCUGGGUAGUGAUAAUCAAGCAAGACUCGAUCCUCAAAGUGAAGAGCCAGGACAAAAAGGAUGAUGUCGACAUUCACUCUACCCAGCUCUUAGCCUGGCUAAACGGGGAAAUUCGCGAGCGAGACCAACGAAACGGAAUACAUCAACGAACAAAGCUUCAACGCCAUGGCAGCCAAGCUGACUCAGGUGCUGCCCCCGACCACGAGCAAGAUGUCCGAGUCUUGGUAGCCGGCACGAAAAGCAAGAAGUCAAAUCGCCGGAACAUCGUAGAGCAGGCUCAAGCACGAGCCAGAUCCGUCGCCUAUGAAUUGCUUGAUGGUCCAAUAGCCGCGAUUGAGACGACGGACCAAGUCAUGGAGUUAAUCCGUGGAACAAGACUAUCUGAUCAGGAAAGCUGGAGACAGGUCACUCAAACUGUUCAGACGAGUGAAAAGAGAUACUUAGGUGAGAUACAAGAUCUGAUGAAUACCUUGGCACAUCAGAACAAAGACAUCACACGGAACUCGUUCAUCUAUAAUUUUAGGACAGGGAAAUGCAUUUACUACGACCUGGGGGCGUAA